AUGGAGUUGGAUAAUGGCACCAAAGUCCAAGAAUUCAUCCUGCUGGGAUUUGGGGUUGAGCAGCACAAACGCCUUCUUCUCCUCAUCGUUUUUGCUGUUCUCUACACACUCAUCUUGGCUGAGAACCUCACCAUUAUCAUCUUGGUGGUUGUAGAUACCCACUUGGCCCAGCUUCUCAUGUACAUCCUUCUGAGCAAUUUCUCCUGGCUGGAGAUGUGUUAUGUGACCACCACAAUGCCCCGGAUGUUCUUGGACCUGGCAUUUCCUCACAGCGUCAUCUCUUUCCAGGCCUGCUUCUUCCAGUUCUACAUCUUCUUCUCCCUGGGCACCACCGAAUGCUUCUUCCUCUCAGCUAUGGCUUUGGAUCGGUACCUGGCCAUUUGCCACCCAUUACAUUACCAGCAUAUAAUGUCUCAAAAAUCAUGUUAUACUUUAGUACUUGUUUGUUGGGUAAUUGGCAUGUCAAUAUACAUUGGUCCAGUGACAUUGAUCUCAAAGUUGUCCUUCUGUGGCCCUAACAUCAUUGACCAUUUCUUGUUUGAUCCUGGGCCCAUUCUGAAAUUGGUCUGCCCUCCCACUCAUGUUUUCCUCAGACAUAUUGAGUUUUCCAUGAAUGUUUUGAUUAUAGUAGGGAAUUUUUUAUUUGUGUUGCUGUCCUACGGUGUUGUCAUCUUCACCCUGAUGAAGCCCUCCUACCACGGCAGUCGGAAGAAGGCCUUUUCUACCAUUUCCUUCCACCUAGCAGUCUUGACCCUCUUCUAUGGCCCAGUGAUAGGGAUGUAUGUGACUCCGGGCAGAGAAAGGAACUUCCAAUUGACUAAAAUAAUCACAAUCUUCUAUACGGCUGUUACACCUUUCCUCAACCCUCUGAUUUAUUGCUUGAGGAAUAAUCAGGUGAGGGAAGCAGCAUGGAGGUUGCUGAGAAAAAGAGAGAAAUGGGUGAAAAGAAAGGUAAUUAUGGAAAAGGGAGGAAAAGAAAGACCCGAUGUAAUAUCAUAA